GACCUUCCCAUUUUAAAGCUGGACUUUUUUAGGGUGGGAGGUUGGAUCUGACGAGGCCUUUGGCCUGCUGUCAAACAAGAGAUGAAAUGUCGGGGACUUAGGCUGAAAUCCUGUUGCUGCUGCGUGAAUCUACGGGCGGGAUGUUUUUUCAUGGCGCUUUUCGAGAUUUUCGCAUCGAUCCUGGGGUUCUUUGUUGGCGAAGAUGGCCGUUUUUUACUGAUGGGCCGGACUGCCUAUAUGGUGCACUUUAUUGGAUCGAUUUUUCUGAUGAUGAGCAGUAUCUUGCAGAUCGAAGUUCUGGUGGUCAUCUAUCUGGUGACAAACAUAAUCCAUCUGAUCUUUUGCACCGUCUUUAUUACCGACUACGCGUUGAGUUGUAGCUUCUGCAUUUUUGAAUCGAUUCCUGUAUUUUUUACCCUGGUUUUCAGCCUGUAUUUUUGGAUAGUGGCUUUUUCCUAUUGGCGACGCCUUCUCUGGGAACACAACCUCGAAAACGACGACUGAGGCGAAGGGGUAUCGUUAAUUCUGGAUCUUGAGUGUUUAUUCUGCGCCUUUUGUGUUGGUUUAGCGCUGGGUAUUUCCUUUUUUUUUCGGUUUUGGCCUUAAUUUCACACUAAUUUGUAAAUUUGCCUUUAAUGCCAAAGACAAAGAGAAAAACGAAAAGAGCAAAGUUCCGCAAAUUGUUUGUACAGAGAGAUAUAUUUUGUAUUCACUACGAAGGAAGCAGUAAAUGAAUUGCAGGCAAUCAGAACUGGAAAGGGGAAUACUAUUCCACUGUUUUCCUUCUCGGAGGAGUGGAAACCCAAUCACUUCAUUCCCGGGCAAUUUUCAAUCACGUGCUAAGUGCUGCCAGACAGAAAAUAGUCGAUUUGUCUGCCCUGCCACGUUAGCGUGCAGUGCAAGUCGAGAGGGGGAAACUCGGAAAA